ACGUACAGCCGCACGCGGAGUGCGGACAAACUGCGCUGAAUUUAAAAAUAAAACGAACGUGGCGAAUUACGGCGACGCGUAAAUGCUUCAAAAUGCGCGCGAGCAAAAAAAGAUCACGAAGUUUGGACGUCGUAUCACGACCAGACGUGAGAGCUCCUGUGAUGAUGUGAGAUACACAAGAAAGCUUUCGUUGGCGAAGAUGUCCCAAACAUGGACCAUCCUCACUGCGCUCACGGUACUGACCGUGCACCUGUGCCUGGGUGAGAAGUCUUGUGUAAUCUGGUCCAGUGCCGGAUCUGUGGUGCGCCGAGGCUCCAGUUUUGAUGUGUGCUGCAUCUUUAACUGUAACUGCAAAGCAUCUAUGUACAAAGACCAUCCGGACACACCACAGAGUCACACAGAACUGAACUCAACAAUGAUAUGUUUGCAUGUGGUGAACAUCACAAAGAACAGGACGUACAGCUGCAAGUGUAACUGCCAAGCGCCUGAUCCCUGUGGACUGGACGUCUCCACCGGAUACCCACCAGAUCCUCCUGAAAACAUAACCUGCAUCUACAGUGUUUCAAAUCUUCCAACUGGAACUGUGACCUGCACUUGGAAGACAGGAAGGAAUACUUACCUAAGCAGUACAUCAACACUGAGGGUGACGAGUCAAUAUGUAAAUCACACGCAGGAAUCCAGAGACUAUGGCGUCUCCAAUAAGGGAUCUUAUGUCUCCUCAGCUACUUUUAGCAUCUCCAGCUUUGUCCAGCUGAUCUCUGUACGGGUUCGAACCCAAAACCAUCUGGACUAUGCUGAUUCUGACAGUGUCAGCUACACACUAAGUGACAUCGCGAUGCCCUCACCUCCUGUUCUUGUCGGCGCCUCCUGCUCUUCUCGGGUUUGCAGGAUCACAGUCGAGCAGUCUGUGGGAACGCCGCACCUGGAGAUACAGUACAGAGCAAGACAUCAGCCGUGGACCACAUCUCCAGAAUCUCAGGUGCUGGUGGGUUUGGUGCCGGUUCGGAACAUCUCGUCUCUGGAGCCCUACAGGUUGUACCAUUUCAGAGCUCGAGCCAAAUUCAGCACGGGCCUGUGGAGUGGGUGGAGCUUGAACAUUUCAAACUGGACUGAUGAGGAGGCUCCUGCCAAAGAGCUGGAUGUGUGGUAUGCUGAAAUCAGUUCUCAACUGAAUUCUGUAAAAGUUUACUGGAAAGUGAUGAACAGUUCUGUUAUGAGAGGGGAGAUCACAAAAUACACAAUCACAGUUUUCAACCAGGACAAGAGAUCAGUCUUCAACAUCAGCGCCACUGCCAGCAGUUACAUCGUCCCGUCCUGUGCCGGCUGUGAAAUGACAGUACAUGCUCACAACUCCAAAGGGACGUCUCCUCCUGCCAAAAUUACAACCCCUCACACCAACGCCAAGCCUCCGUUGGAUGUGCGAGUCAAAACAGCUAAGCUCAAUGUCACCAUCUCCUGGAGAAAGCCUGAAACUGCACCAGGACCCCAUGGUUAUGUGGUGGAGUGGUACCCACAGGGCCACAAGCUGGAGGAGCUCAGAUGGGUCAGACUGGAUAGGAAACACACCCGCACUGUCGUCACAGAUAUGAAACCAUUUGAGUGCUAUCAUGGAGCAGUGUCUGUGCUUUACGAUGAGAACUCAGUCAGCAGAACCACAUUUACAGGUGUCAGCAUUCUGGAGUCAGCCCCACAAUGUGGUCCAAGCGCCCAACAGAGGAUUGAUGGGAAGAAAGUGGAAGUGAUCUGGGCAGAACUUCCCAGGGAUGAACGUGGCGGUUGCAUCACCAACUACACGAUCUACAUAGAAAACAAAAGCAGUGAUGAACAGUUCUACAAUGUACCAGCAUCCAAGAGGUCACAUGUCAUCACAGGCUUGUCUCCCGCCCUGUACAGCCUCUGGAUGACAGCUUGCACUGCUGAAGGAGAGAGUCCUGCAGGUCAAAUCAUCAAGUUCUUUAUCCAACAAGAGAGCAGACUGCCACUGCUCCUCAUGUGUGCUGUGUUGUGUCUGAGCCUACUGUGUGUGCUGUGUGUGUGUCAGAGCUCAGCAGUGAAACAAAGAUUCUGGAUGCUUUUCCAGUGCUGCAUGCUCAGUGGUGUGCCAGAUCCUGCAAACAGUAAAUGGGCUAAGGAGUGUUCCAGAGUCGAGGGAAAGAGGGCGCUCCAGAUCCAGCCGAGUAACUCCAGCGUCACUGAGGAGGAGGAGGACGAGUCCAUGUUCGUGGACGUUGAGGAGCUGCUGGAACAGAGUGCUGACGUCGCCACAUCCACGUCAGAUUCCUCCUCACAGCCGACUCCUCAGAGCAGCCUGAUCCCUGAGACGCUGCCGCUACUGUACCCGCUGACCUCCUACAUUAAGAGCUUCUCCCAUGACUCGGACUAUUCGGAUCACACAGAGACGUCACAGGACACAAACACAACAGUGGACUACAUCUCCUCACAGGGUCCAGAGAACAGGAUGGUGGAUGAAGAGGAUCAGGAGGAGGAGGAGGACGGCGUCAUGGUGAUGCUGAGUUUCUUUCCCUCUCACAACCUGCUUAUGGAGCCACUGUCAUUUGGAGGGAAGCUGAGUCUGGAAACUGUCAAAAUCGAUUGCAGCAACCUCUUCCAAAACACUUAACAUCAUCUUGAAAGCAGAAGAACACUGAUAACUGAGUGUCCAAACUUUUUUUGCCCCACAACAAUGAAAACAGCACAGACAUCAAAUAUCUUGAUGAAAUGCAGCAAGUGCUUUGAAUUUUCUCCCUUUUUUGUGUGUAAUGGCGCGUUACGAGAUGUUUGAAGAGUACCCACUACCUCUUUGCACAUCAGCUUCACACUCUGAUCUAAGGCGGACUGAGCAACCAUGUUCUGAAGCUGUCAUGCUGGGACACAGUAUUUGACUCAGACUCAAUGUUUUAUAACAGGCAUUACUGUUGGACACACUAAUAACACAACCAAAAAAAAGACUCCACACAGCCUGCAGACACUGACUCAGCUGAUCACUGUCAGAAUUCUGGAGCCGGUGCCGCCAACCGAAUGGUCCUCUCUGAAGAUUGGUCCACCCUGCCUUCACUGCGCAUAUGUCAUUUCGGAGCAUCGGCAGCAAUUCACCGAUUAUCACCUUGUUUCUGCUUCAAACUGCACUCCUCUCAUCAUCUAUCUCAGCAACACAUAUCUGAAGCUUUUAUACAACAAUCGUUUCCACAUAAAGUCAGCAUUAUUUCAUAAUAAAAGACAGGAGAUCGAUCAGAGUGACAGCAGCACGUCUCAGUCUGACUCUCUGAGUCUGAGUCUCUACAUCCAAAGCGGUCAAACGGAAUAAUGUGAUUAUUAACCAUCAGAUGACAAAUUAAAACAUCUUAAAUCAUUCUAAAAUCAGUUUUAAGCAGAAACAAGGCGAUAAUCUGUGAAUUGCUACUGACACUUGGAAAUUACAUAUGUGCAGCAGCACUGCAGUCUCCGACAUGCUGCUGUGGUGCUCUGAUCAGUCCUCCAUCUUUUAUUAUGAAAUAAUGUAUCAGGCUCGGUGUUGACAACUGGCUGGACACAAAUGCAGAACACAAACUCACCGAUCUGUAGGUUUAACUCUUUUACUGGGUUGGUUAGCAGGGGUCGGUACACGGUAAUGCAGUCAGACGAGCAGAAGUACAACAAUCAUCAGGCGAGAGACGUGGUCGAAAAAAACUAGCAGGCGCUCAAAAACACAAUGAGGCAAAACGAAGCAAGGCAAUGGUACAAGAGAAGGCUGGAAAGAAGGCUCAAGGCACAUUGAUCUGGUGAAGGACCAGAGCAAAAAGAGAGUCUUAAAUACACCCAAGUGAUGAGCAGCAAAUCAAGAAUAGGUGUGAGGGGAGGCGACUAGAACAGGGAUGUGGUCAGACAAAGGGAAACGCCCACCACCAAGAGAAAGACAGAGAGAACCCAAGCAGAAAGCAACAGGCAAAGAACCAACAACACCCAAAAAUAAGACAAAAUGUACAAUAAAACAGAGCACCAACCCAAAACCUGACAUAAUGCUGAAUUAAUGUGGAAAUGAUUGUUGUACAAAAGCUUCAGAUAUCUGUUGCUGAGAUAGAUGAUGAGUGGAGUGCAGUUUGAAGCAGAAAUGAGGUGAUAAUCGGUGGAUCGCUGCUGAUACUCAGAAAUGAUGCAUGCACAGUGAAGGCAGGGUGGACCGAUUUUCAGCCCCCGACACUGGUGUGGCAUCCCGACUGGCUUCUCAAACUACCUGGUUGCUGUUGUGUUUACCUCACAAUAGCAGCAUCUGUCAGGAGAUUCAUCACACAUUUACAAAGUCGUUGCUGGUGUUUUUCGUGUCACAUACCACUUACAACAAAAAUAUAAAAAGUAAAACUUCUACAGACUUGGGUUGAGCUGGAUUCAAACUCAAUGCAGCAGAAGCAUUCAAAAAGCUCUAUGUAAUGAGCCACUGAGGUGUUCACACAUAGGCCCUGGGCCAGCAAGGUCCCACCUGCAUAGAGUGCCUUAAUUGAGAGAGUGGCGACGUUGACGAGUUGAAAAAACCCGUCACGUGACUCACGGUGCCAUCUUGGAUUCAAAAUAGUGUUCACAGUUAAUGUGUCUGCAUGUAAAUCCAGGUAUUUUAUUUAUUUAUUUGCUGAAAAUGCCAGGUUGCUGUGCAUUUGGAUGAACAAAUACACACAGCAAGGGCUUCAAGG